ACUUCUUGGUUUUGUCAUCUCUUUGCUUAUCCUCUCCCUCUCCAAUUCUUUAGGUUCUUCUUCUGUAACUCUACAAAGAAAAACCCAAGAAAUAUAACAUGGAUGACAGUGGAAAUUUGGAGUCCAAGAUGUCAAAAGAAAUAAACCAUGAAGCUCAAGCAUCCAAGAAGAGGAAGAAUAUGGAUCAAAGGAUUGUUGUGGAAGUGAAAAUGCAAGAAAGUGAUAAAAAACAGAGAAGUGAAGGGCCUCCUCCGGAUUGUUGGUCUUGGAGAAAAUAUGGACAAAAACCUAUCAAAGGAUCUCCAUAUCCAAGGGGUUACUACAGAUGCAGCACAUCAAAGGGUUGUACAGCCAAAAAACAAGUGGAAAGAUGCAUAACCGAUGCAUCCAUACUCAUCAUUACCUACACAUCCAAUCAUAACCAUCCAGGCCCCACUCAUCAUUCCUCCACCAAUCAGAAUCAAGAGCUCAUUGAACCUUCACUCCCAGAAGUCACACAGGAUAUUCCUGAAAUACCAGACCAAGAUCAAGAACCAGAAAUAAGGGAUCAAGAAACCCCACUACCCAAUGAUGACCGUUUCCACUAUUCCCUAUCUCCAUUCAAUUCUGCCCCAGAGAUCAUUACGAAUCAAGAAAUGAAACCUUUCACAGAAAAUCUGCAAAACUCAUAUGAUUCUGAUUCACACAGAGUACUUAUAAAUGAAGAGCCCCUUAAAUAUUCUCAUCCAAUGAACUUCUCAGCAUCUAAAUCAGAAGAAAACGACUUCUUUGAUGAGCUUGAAGAACUACCCAUCUCUUCAUUUGUGACAGAUUUCAUGAGAAGCAGUACAUUGUUUAAGGAAAGGAUUCUUGUAGACCUUUCUUGAGUCCAGCAUUCACUUUCAAUGCUUGCAGUGUUAGUCAGAGAAACGUACUUAGCCAACUAGUUAUUCAUGUAAAUGUAGCUACUAUUUUUAUUUAGCAAAAUUGAGUGUCACUCUGAUGCGUAUGUACCAUGUUAAGGAUUGAGCCUUAAUCUCGAGAGCAACAUUCAUGCACAUGCUAUCCGCUUGCUGAUGCAGUUUCUAUUAAACCGUAAAGCAAGAUACAAGGUUUUCCAUGCA